UGAAUUGAGCAAACAGCAGCGAAUAGUGCACAAAACUUGCGAAAGGAGUGUACAUACCUCAGCGAGAACAGGUUGGAAGUUGAAUGAGCGGUGUUUUAGGUAAAGAGGGAAGUAAUCGAGCGGAACUGGUCAAAGUUUAAAGUGUUAUAAUGAUGACCGCUGACUGGAUUACCUGUUCUCAUGAAGAAUAAGCGUUGGAUACGUCUAUCAUGCCUUGACUCCUGCAUCUGUGCUUGGUUUUCAUGUAAUGGGAGUUUGUUUAAAACCUGGAAUGGAUUUCCAAUACUGUGUUAAAGACAAUGUGUACAUUUCACCUCAUCCUGUGGAGAUAUCAAGGUGUCUUGUGCUGUGCUGAGACAGGGGACUGACACUAUGCUGCAUCCCCUAAUCCUGGCCGUCGCCUUGGGGCCAACGCUGCAAGGCAUUGUGGAUGCCUGUGGAAGGGUACCAGGCAAACCCACGACUCCGGCCCCUCUACCAGACACCACUACUGAAGCCUUUUCACAUCGGAAGCCAUGCACUGACAGUGAAAAGUACAAAAAGGGAUGCCUCCAAAAUGGGGAAUGUUUUGCUAUAUAUUUAGGAGGAAACAGAACAUUAUCUUGCAAAUGUCCUGAGAUGUUCACGGGUCAGAGAUGUGAAGAGCUGUCUCCUGAUAUCUUUGAAAGAAUCCGGGAGGAGGAGAAGGUUGUGACAGCCAGCAUAGCAGCCGGUGUGUCGGUACUCAUCAUUUCAUUGACAAUGGGGAUUAUAUAUGCUGUCGUCAAAGUCAAACGGAGACGGAAUCACCAAGAGACGAGGCUGAAUGGGGUUCCAAAAAAUGGAAACCUUUUGAGGCCAAUAAAUGAGAUUGAUAGCCCUGAUGAAGGAGAUGAGUCAAUAAUAGAAGAUGAGAAAAAACAAACACUUUUAUACAAUAACCACCUUUUAAAUGACAUACACAACUGCAACAGAGAAACAAAAGUAUGAUCCAGACAACCAGGGGUGGCCAUCUUGUUUUUGUUAUGUGACCUUGACCCUAGCAUUUAUCAUGUGACCCCAUGUGAAGCACACAUCAAGAAUACUUCAUCGUUCAUAUCAUUAUCAGUGUUGGUACCAAUACAGUGGGCCAUGUACAACCAGCAUUUAUGAGUGCCAUAGAUUAACAGCUGAAGUAUAUAUGAUAUAACGUACGGAUGUUCAUUUCGAAGAACACUGUGUGACAAUUGUUUAAAACCACAAGGGAGAAAAUGACAGGUUUGUAUGAAUGAUGGAUCAUCCUUAUGCAAUUUAUAUACUGUGCAACACCAGGAAAUCAGACAAUCCUUGGAUUCAGAUUGGGGAGGUGUUGAUAUGGAUCAGCUGCAUCAGCAUCAAUACAGACAACAGUGGACAUCUUCCUGGAACAUGGAUUUACUUGUUUGUGAACCAGAUUGAAAUCUACAUGUGGUGAUGCUUGUUUCCUUUGGUUGUGAAAUGGGCAUGAACAAGUCACAACAAUGAUGGUAGGACAUCAACAGCUAAUUUCUAGGUUUUCUAACCUACAAGUACAAGCUUAGAAACAAACGUGUUUGCAGAUUCACGGAGACCCUUCUUGUUUUUUGGCUAGUCAGUGAUUUUGUUCAGUUUGAAACCUAGAAGAUGGCACCCCUGUUGCAUGUCUGACUUUAGUCACAAAACUGACUGGAGGGAUUGUGUUUCUUAAGGCAAUAGGACAAAUGAAAUAAAUUGCCAAUGGGGACUGCCCUUUCAUGGAAAAACAGAUUCUGUGAUCUACAGUUGGUGAAUUGAUUCUCCCAACUGACAAGUGGCCAUUACUGUAUGUAUAUGACCUUUAAUGAUCUGUGUGACCUUUGUCACACAUGACAUGUGACAUGGUGACCUUUGACACAGUGUGACCUUGAUCUGUGACACAGUCCAAAAACAUAUCAUGGCUGAUAACCUCUUACUAUCACGAAAUGCCUUGUUUUUGAAACAAGUGGUGCUUUAUGGACUUUCAUAUUUCAUAUUUAUUGGUUUAAUCUACUGAAUGUAUGUCUAAAUUAUUUUUAAGAGCAAACUAGGCAGAUAACAUGUAGCAUUAUGUAUCGAGAAAUGAUAUUGAAGUAUUUAGACAAAUCGUCAUGGUUUCUUGCAUUUGAAGGCCAUGAAGUAACACUGAGUUCUUUUUCCAAGAAGCAAGUUCUUGUAGAUAAACAUUGUUUUAAAGGUGUAUUCUACAUUUUCCCUAAAUUCUUAGAAAUAGAGUUGUAUGCAAUGAAUUAAUAUGGCCAACUUAUUUCCUUUUUGGUGGGUUUCAGAUUUUGAAAGUCAAAUAUUUGGUCGGUAGGUAAACAAGAUACUGUACAUUGUACAAGAUUUUAUAUUUGGAUCAGUAGGCGAUAAACACAAGAAAUCAUAGCCUGGUUUUGGUUCCUUUUAAAUAUUAUUAAUCUAAAAUCUUGAAGCAGUCAUUCAUUUUGGUUUUUAUUGUCAAAUCAAUAUUUACAAGUGGCUGUUUAAAACCUUGUCAUUCUGAUUAUAUUUUGUUCUGAAUUUUACAUUUUUAAGUUUGGCAGACCCGUAAACCUAGCCAAAAUAGGUUAGGCCUAGGCUUCAACUUGCGAUCAACACAGUUUCUAUUGAAUACAUGUUUAGGCCAGACCAGUGUUAUACCUUGUUUUACUUUUUAUCAAACAGACACCAGAUCCAAGACAAAGUGGAACAGUGUUAACCAGAGGGUACAAGAAAAGCUAUAAAUAUGACAGUGAAAAGAAUUGUCAAGAAAGUCUGUAUUAAAAAUAUACUAAGGUCGUUUAAGCAUAUAAGCAUACUUUCAAUCAAAGACAACAUUUUACUCUUUGGACAUUCAUUUCAAAAUUAUGAGCAGGCUCUCAUAUAAGCUUAUCACCCUGGUAAGAUGUAUAGUCCUGUAAGUACUUCAAAUAUUGAUUUAAUGAGCUAUGUUACAAGUAAUCAUGUGUUUGCACUACCUUAGCACAACUUCUUUAUAUAAAUAACACUGUCCUGUGACAUUUUAGAAUCUUCUACUACAAUUGUACUACUUAGCCCGAAAUAUUGAAUACAUUUCUCUUCUGUUAAGAAACAAACUUAGUCUGGCCUGAACAAAGAUGUACAAACGUGCACACUUACCUUGAGAACCAAAGCUAUGUGUCAUUUUGCAGGUGAUAGUUAUACAAUAGUGCCAUCCUGACACAGAACCAGACCAUGGUUGUCAUAGGGAGAUCUUAAUAACACCUUGAAUUAUGCAAGUUGCUUGAUGUAGAUAUCAUAUCUGUCAACAUGUGAAUGUGAGAUUUUAUCAAGGGGAAGUCAUUUUAUAAAGUUUUUAGCAUAUUAAUCAUUUUAUUAGAAUUGUCCAUUGUUUGAUGCAUAUGUACUCAUAUUGUUUGCAUAGCAGUUACAGCUUGUGAGAUUGUGUUUACUUUUCAUCAAUUGACCAAACUUGUUAAUCAAGAAUAUCCUUCUAUACAGAUAUGUAAGCAUGAACCAGAUAUUUCUUUAUAUCAUUUUUGUGUGUGUUUCAACCUAGAUAUGUUACUAUUAUUUAGCAAGUUAUUCGACAUGUAAAAUAUAGCAAAUGCAAAAAAAUCAUUCAUUAGUGGAGCAUUAGGUAUUGGGGUAUUAUGUUUGGUAAGGAAAUGUAUAAUACAAAUUGAAAAUCUGAUUAAGCUAGUUUGGAAAAUAAAGCAACCAAAAAACUUACCAUAUUCGUAACAAAUCCUUAUGAUUAUGGAAAGUUUUUUAGAGCCCAUUGUACGAUUCCGACUUUAUCACAAUCGCUAUCAAAUAGUGAUAAUUCCCAUGGCAAAAAGUUGAGCGUAUCCUGCCCCACUGGUGGCUCCCAUCUCAAACACAUACAAAGGCAAGUCAAUCGUUCACCUAAAAAGUUUUGUUUCCACUUCAUACUUGAAUCACAGUCAGUUUCUAUUAUUUCAACCUCUUAUUUCGGGAUAAUGAAUGUCUCAAAGUAAUCCUUUUUGUAUCAUGCAGACUACACAUAAUAUCCCAUGCUUUGAAAUAUCAUUCCUCUUAUGCCUUGAGUGUGUGCAAACCAUUGAAGAAAUCCUUUAUAAUUCAACUGUUCAGGUCAAACGUGAUAUUUGUCAUAAGAUUUUAUGUAAUUUGACUUGUCCGAAAGGCAAAAAAAAGUUUACUUUGACAUUUGAUUUGUCUUUAAUUUCAGACUUAAAAACAUACAGCAGUAUUCAUUUGCCUUUUGGAUACUGUAAGUCAUGAAAUUAAUGAGUCACCAAACUAAUGCGAGUGUUGAUCCCUUGCCUAAGAUGUCUCAUGAAAUUUAUGUGGGUAGCCCACCUUUGAACUAUUCAGCAAUAACACCAAGACUGUAGAAUGAGAAUUCCUUGACAGAGUCUGGGGUGCUAGCAGUUUGAUUGAAUAAUAUCAUCACAUGCUUAACUUCAACUGCUUGACAUUUGAUCUGACUUCCAAGAAAUCAAAAGCAGGACAUUUCAAGAAAGGCUUCUUCAAAUGAGAUAGGUCUGGUUGAUGACUGAGAUUGUACAGGUGUCAAGUAAUGUUACAUGAGUUAGCGCAAUCCUUUGUUAUGUUAUGUAUUCACCACGACUGCUGUGACGGUACUGGACAUGUAACAACUGUUAUAUUUGGGGUAACACUUUCUUAGUAAAGUACAGAUUCUAGUACCUUUUGGGUCGAGUCGCAUGCAGGAUUCAAACCCACACUGCCAGAGUGAGGCACCUAAUCGCCAGCACACAGUGAUCAGUGAUCUUACCUACUCAGCCACCGAGGGUUCCACUAUUACUCGUUGGUGAGCAGUUCUUGUAAUUAUAAGAUUAUUGGACAGGUUAACAAGAACAAGGCUGCCGUCAUACACCAUCAUGGCAACUGUCAUAACCGGUUGAUCAACUAGUGUAAAGAAACUGACCACACUUGCAGAGGAACUUGGUGAAGAGCUAGCGCUUUGUUGAGUAUGUUAUUGCUUCCGGCCAUGUGCAGUGAACCUGACAUGACAGUAUACACCAAUAUGUCCAGACAAAAAUGCAUCCCUUUAUUAAUGCGAGUGAGGGACACUCACAUUUUUUUCAUUAAUUUCAUGCUGGCUUUAAUUUCAUGAUUUACGGUAUCUUUCUUUUUGGCAUAUUGACACAACAUGAAGAAACACAAGGCUAAAUCUUAUUGUUAGGAGGACAUUUUGUUUCAAAGGUACAUUUAUCUAAACAAUCUUAUACAGACAGGUCUAUAUCAGUGUGGUAGGCAACUAUAUUUAGUGACUGGUCUUUUGUAUCAUUUGUAUCGCAGACUUUUAUUGUCCAUCCUUGAAGUUUGAGGAAGAAUAGUGAGUCAUUUGGAGUAACUCUUCUAUAUAUCCACUGAUAUUGCAACCAACAAGCAAACAGUAUUCCUUCAGUCCCAGUAUACAUUUAGCUUUGUUAUUUGACCAUUUAGUAAUGUUCAAUGCAGCAUGCUGCUGUCAAACCAGCACAGUUGCAAGUAGGCCUUGGGUGGUGAGGAAGGUGCGUGGUUCACACAGAAAGCCUGGGUUUGAUUCCCAACAUGUGUGAAGCAUUUCUUGGUAUCCCUGAUGCAAUAUGUCUGGAUUAUUGCAAAACGCAGCCCAAAUGUAUCCUCUCACUGCUCACAGGCCUGACAGAGCUGCACAUGAUCAACUGGCAAAUGGGGAAUUUAGAGAAAGUUCAGAGACAUCUGUUGUCCUUUCAAUAUGGUGAAGCAUUUUCAGUAACAGAAAAUCACUAAAGUAGAUAUAAGGUGAGAUCUGAUUGUUUCAGAGAAUCACCCUGAGCAUCAUGUUUCUUUAAUAUUUCACCUGUCAAAUGAAAUGUUAUUGUAUAAUUAUGAUUUUGAAAAAUAAUUUUCUGUAAGCCAUAUACUAGAGCAAGACAUUAAAAUUUAGUAAUAUAAUUGUUUGUCAAGUUGACAGUAAUAAUCAAUAUCCUAAUGUUUCCUCACAUAUUCUAGGUUAGUCUGCAGAUCAUGAUCAAAAUGAAUAACACAGAUUAUCCAUUAUAAAUGAUAAAACAGGAGAGUUCCUGGAAUCUUUGGGUGCAUUUGUCUUAAAAGGAAUUGUCUAGUAGUCUUUUGAGAUGCAUGCAGUACAUACUUGAGUCAGAAGCUACACUGCCCUUCACUAAGGACUGAUUAUGAUGUCAGCAAACCUUGUGUUUUCUUACAGCAGGAAAUUAUUUCUUGAAGAUGUCAAUACUUUGACAGAUGGUUUCAUCAUUUUGGUUUGAGAAGGUAGCAGGUUUCCACAGAAUCCAAUCAAGAAUUUCAUGUUGCAGUUUGUUUUUUGCAUUUUGUGAAUUAUUCAUUAGGGUCAUCAAAGCAGCCAAUUAUGAAAGUUUGCCUCACGUGAGAAAAGGACUUGCAUGUUAUAACUGUUGACAAUUGUUGAAAGUACUGUUAAGUUUUGAAAAUGACAGUUUUGUUAGUCCAUGGGUUGCUUAUAUAAGAUAUCAUUACAUUAUAUUGUGUGUCACUCUGUUACAUACUCAUGUGUAUUGUAAGGACUUGGUUUAAUAAAAUUGCAGCUUAACUGUUAUUCAAAUUUGAGGAAACCUAUAUAUUUAAAUAAGGUAAUAUAAAAAUCAGUGAAUCUCUAACAGAUAUCAGAUUAAGCAGAUAUUGCAAAUGUUUAGUGUUCAUUCAGCUAUUGUGAUAUUACUCAGAUAUUCGUUUUUUGAUAAUUUUGCUAAUAGUGCUUGAAGUGUUAACACAUCAAGGUGAACACAUUGAGUUAGACCAGAUUCAUUCAACUGAAAUAUUCCUCAUUCUGAUGGCCAUUAUGUUAUCUUACCUAAGUGAUAUUCUGCAUAUUUUCAUUGCAUCAAUUCCUUACAAUAAUCAGUUCAUUAGCACAUAUGGUUUUCAUAUCAAUAUUAGGGCAGAUUAAUGUGUAUUUUCCAUUUAUGUAUUAUUAUAUUCCUGAUUUUAAUUGCCAUGCUAAUCCAUAUUAAUUUUAUUUAUUGUUUUGUUUGAAUAGGGGGUAAUUAUUAGUACUGGAUAUUGACAUUUCAGACUACAGUAUAUCUAAUCUGAUCAAAUUCCUAGAGUUUGUAUGUAGUACAAUUUUUUGUUCAAAUCCUAAAUGUUUGUCAUUGCUCAAAAGGAAAAAAACCCAUGCAAACUUUGUGCUGAAUGGAAAAUGGUCAUAUGCAGUUACAGUUUAAAACAGGUGUGAUAGGAUACUCCUUGUUAGGUUAAUUUAUGCAAUGGAUUUGCAUAUUCAUUUGCUUUGCUGACAAAUGAUAGGCUUGAUAUAUUGUUUUAUUUUAGCAAUAACCCCCUCAAUAAACCAUAGCAUAUCAUUCAGUGUUUGAAUCCAAAGUUUUCUUUGAGAAUGCCACAAAAAUUGCUGUUUCCAUGUUCAAUAUUUUUAAGCUUAAGUUUGCCAAAAUGUGAGCUUAGAAGAAUUAUUUUGUUGAAAAGAAAUCUGACUUUCAGAUUGAUAACUUUACAUGUGCAUGUGUAGUUAAGAGACAUAGCUGAAUGAAUACUUGUUUUUGAUAGCUUACGGAACAUGAGUACUAUUUACAUGCAUACAUGUUAAAGAAAGACAUCUGCAUUGUUAGAUUGACAUGUAUGCUAGCAGGCAUGUCUCAUAUCUUGAUUUGGGGUUUAAGCUGCGCGUAGUACAUUUUUGAAAUGCAGUGAAAGAAUUGUUGAAUUUGUACAUAAAAUGAUUUACAUGUAAAAAAAUAAUAAAUUUUUCAAUGUA